GUAAAAAAUUGUGUUUAAAAUCAAAUAAGAGCAUAUUAAUAUCUAUUAUUAUAAUUCAGAUAAACUUAAAAAAUUCCUUGAUUGAUGUGGGCGAUUAGAUUGUAUAGAGUCUAACACUAUUUAGUUAGGACCGUUCGACAGCCUGUUAUUAGCACCAUUGUUCACAGAGUAUUUUGAUAUGACUUAAGCUUAAUGAUAAGACUUAUGAAAUUUACUAAUAUGGAACCACAGAGCUGAUAACAAGUUUAUUUAAAAUAUACUAAUGUAUGUAUCAUUGUUUCGAUAGAAUCGAACCGAUCAAUGUAAAAGAGCGGGACAUAUAUAGAUUUUGUCUAUCCGAUUGUUAUACAUCAAAAUAUUGGCAAUGGAAGGUGCUAGCCUAAAUUGCACACGUAAAAGCCAUAUCAGUGAAAAGAUCCUAGGGUUAUUUAAGUGUGGUCAAGCAGGCCUUGUUGUUGCUGACCAUCUGAUCUAGACAGAUUUGUGUAGUUACUGCUGAAUAAGUGCAUUACAGCACGAGAGCGGUACGCCCACUACAAUGACUCAUUCAUCGAGACGGGAACCACUCUUUGCAAGUUCGAUUGGAACCACAAUAGGUGGCUCUACUGUCAGUAUAGAAUCUGAAAUUUUCACGUAGUAGAUCAUCAUUCCGAAAUUGGUAUAUAAUUUGGUGAUUGGUAUAAAAGAUUCGCAAAGCUGAAUAUAAAGCACCUAAUUGUCAAAUAAUAAAUAAAUUAUUUUUAGCAACUUUUUAAUUUAAUCAACAAAAUUGGAGUUACAAUUCGUUACUUAAAUAUUAAAAAAAAACUUAACAGUUCCUAGGUAGUAAUGAAGAAUACCUUCUUUGUGGGGCUGCAUUGUAGUAUAUAUACAUGUUUGGGGUUUGUUUUUUUGUUUGUAUUAUUGUUGUUUUUUGGUUAGUGUGAGGGCGCUUUAGUCAAUAUACGGGUGCGGCGGUGGUCAUAUAGUGAUGAAAAAUUUGUAUUUUCAGUUUUUUUUUUAUAAUUUUCAUUAACUUUUCAAAGAAUAUGCAUUUAAAGGAUAAUAAAGGGAAAAAAGAUGAUGGAAAAUAUCGAUUCAGUCUUAAAAUUAUAUAGACAUUUGUAUAAUUGUAGAUUUUGUAUGAACGUCCCUUAAAUUUAUUUAUACAAUCUUAUGAAGAAAUCAUAUUAUUGCAUGUUUUUUGUGUGUAUUUUUAUUUAAAAAGUGAGGGAAGAGGGAUUAUUUGCAUUAAUUAAAACUAACUCACCACGGCACAGUGGCACAACACUAAGAUUAAACAAAUAUGUAAUAUAUAAAAACUUAACCGUUAAGGGGGGAUCAUUGUUUGUAAUGACAAGAUAAAAUUUUUUUUUGUAUCUUUUUGUAACUUAAUUAUUAACUAUUUUGUUUAUUUAUCUCUAAUUUUUUGUUCCUACAAAAACUUACCAUUGUGUCAUUUGUAAAAUAAUCAUUCACAAUAGCACCACUAUUCAAUUCUUGCUCUGCUGUUUUGCUGUCUCUGGCUCAUUCAUACGAAUUGUUGACAUUUUAUAAAGACAACAGACAUUUGACAAUUCACCACAUUGUGUUUUUAUUUUUCUUCGUGAGUGGUUCGCUUAAAAAUAAACAACGUAGAACUUGUUUUAUCAUAUAAUUAUUUCUUCAGCUUCAGCUUGUGUUGUGUUAAUCUUUUUGUUUAUUUUUUUUAUAUAUAUGUAUAUAAGUGAAUAUUAAAAAAAUAUAUAUACAAACACAAGAAAAUUAAAAUAAAAAAAUAAACAAAAGAUAACAGUGUUAUUUGCACACAUACAUAAAUACAAACAGAUACCACAUACAUUAGUACAUACGUGUGUAUAAAAGGCCAAAAGCACAAAAAAAAAACAGCAACAAAACAAAACAAUGAACAAAGUCUUCUAUAGAAAGAGAAGAGAGAGAGCAAGAUAGGCAGACGAAGCACAAAUUUGACUGACAGUAACAAAUGAAAACAAUAGUAGAAAAAUAAAACAAAACGGAAGUAAAGUGUAUUAAUGAAAAAGUUAUAAUAUUCUAAACAAAAAAAGUUACAAUAAAAUAAAUUAAAAAUGGUGUGUUUUAAAUAAAUUCAAACAAAGAGCUUUAUGCAGAAUAAAAGCUAAACAAUAAAUUUAAAUGUUUAUAAAAAAAAUUUGUUUAAAAUAAAAUUAUACGCUAAAAAAACAGUGGCAAAAAUUUUAAAUUUCCUUAUAAUUUAGUUAAGUGUUGGUGAAAAUUGUUUAAUUGUUAAAACUUACUCUACUACACUUCCGUUUUUAGAAAACUUAAAAAAAAGAAAUUUUUUUAAAAAAAUAUAACUUUUUUUGUAAUUUUUGCAAACAUUAAUGACAACAGGAAAUCAAAACAACAAUAAAGCAACAAACAACAGCACCAACUGUAACAGUAAUAAAUUUUGAAAAGAGAAAUUAUUAUAAAGUUUUAUACACUCCCAAAAACUUACCUCAACUAAAAUUACAUAAAAAAAGUAAAAAAAAAAUAAAAAACAAUAAACAGAAAAAUUAAGUGAAAAAGAGCAAUUAAAGGAAACUUGGUUAUUUUUUCAACAAAACUAAAAAAAAAAUACCGAAAAAGAAGCAACAAAAAUUAAAAACAAUUUGCCAAAAUAAAGUCCAGACAAGAACAAUAACAACAACGACAUGAUAAAUUCAAAUCAUACGGGUACCACCCGUAGACCUUUUUCGCGCAAUGGGCCUUCUUCAUCUAGAAAUCAUAGAGGACGCAUGCUAUUCUCUCCCCAUCAGUCUCAUUCAUAUCAACAGCAGCAACAACAAUUGCAGCAACAGCAGCAGCAACAUAACAACAACAAUAAUAAUAACAACUUACGCUCAAAUCAUGGGAACAAUGGCAAUUUGAAUAAUUCGAAUGGCAAUAAUUCCGGUGCUCCUUGGUAUAAUAACAAGGAUAAUAACAAUACGAAUGCCAAUAACAACAAUAUGGAUUCUUGGAAUUCACUUGGCGAUGUACAGACAAGUAAUAAUGGAAGUUGUUCUACUAGUAGCAAAGAAAAUCACUACAAUAACAACAACAAUAAUAAUUCCCAUUUAAAUCAUGCUAAUAAUAAUAAUCACCAACAUCAUCACUAUCACCACUACCAUCAAAACAAUUACCACCAUCACCACCACCACCUCCAUCAGAAUAGUAUUAAUAGUAGCAGUGAUAGUGGCGGUGAUUUCCAACGUCACUAUCCAACACACUCAGAUCUCCCGCAACAUAAUCAGUAUUCUUCGUCAACUGCUUCCUCUGACUUGUUGACAUCACUUCAUAAUUUUUCUGAUUCAUUGCACUGUUCUAGUCCUUUAGUUCACCAUCAAUCCCAACAAUCGUCCCUUUCACCUUUAAGAAAUUUGUCAAACAUAACAAAUUUACAACCCACCUCAAUUAGUACGAUUGUGAAUGUAAAUAAAACUAAUAGUUUGAAGAUUUCUAACCUAUUAUCCUCUCCGGAUUUGCGUUUAACUUUAAGAGCUCUAUCGCCGAAUAGUGCUCGAAAUAACAACACAAAUCAUCUCAUUAUGUCCCCACGCCUUAGUCAAACAAAUGCCCAAAAUAUACCACCAUCCUCUUCUAAUACCCAGUGUCACACACAGCCCCGGCAACACCUUCGCAUUAGUAGUUCUUAUGCUAAUACUAACAAUAAUAGUAGUAAUAGUCCUUAUACACAACAUCAACAACAACAUACAAGUAUUUCCUCUUCCUCCUCUCCUCCAAAUAAUCGACAACACCAUCCUCAAAUUCAAUACAAUAAUAUACAACGCCACCAUAACCAACAUCAUUCUCAUCAUCCAAAUCACCACAACAAUUCUCAUACUCACCACCAUUAUCACAACAAUGUCCAAUUGUCACAACAAACUUCACCUUCACCACCAACUAAUCACCAAUCCCCCCUUCCGCUAACAAAUUCAACAACAACUUCAAACUUACAUACAACAACAAAUAGUAACUGUACUGAUGAUGUGAAUGUAAAUUCUUGUAAUGACAUGAUUCCUCAACAUGCACAACAACAAUGCCAUCUCCAACAACGUCUCCACCAUCAUCAACGAUCUCGCCAACAAUCUCAACAAUGUAAUACAAUAAUGUCUUCCUUAUCAACAACAACGAUGAUGUCCUCUCCACCAACUGAUAUCGAUGAUGACAACAUUGAUGUUGCUGAUUCCAAUGCCUCCGACAACCAACCAACAACUAAUUGUGUAAAUUUACAAACAUCUACAACAAAAAAUAAACAAACUAAUCCAUCCACAACGACAACGAAUAUAAAAUCAACAAAUUCACGAUCACACCAACACCAUCAUUCGGUAACAACAACUGCUAAUUUAAACAAUAACCACAAUAGCAAUCACCAUCAGCAACAACAACAGCUAUCGGGUGGCUCAAGUUCCCAGUCAAUGCAACAGCAACAACAACAACAUUUCCAUGGACCAAAUUAUUAUAACGGUCGCAGGGGAAUAAAUCUACACGCCAGUAGUGAUUUUAACAGUUUUCGACGCAGCAAUCUUAAUAAUAACAACAACAAUAUGGCGAUGACACAUCGCAGUAGUGAUUUUCAUCAGUUUGGUGAUCGUUACAAUCACAAUCGAAAUUAUAAUGGUAGCAACAUAAGCAACAACAAUAAUGCCUCAAACUCAGGACUAUGUGAUCGAAAUGGUCACAGCAAUGGUGUUAGCAAUUUGCACAUGGAUGGUUAUAAUAUGGCCGGUAGCAGCGGUUCUCGUAUGUCGGAUAAUAGCGAAAGCAAUUCGAAUUUUUCUAUGGGGAACAACAAUCGUAAUGGUGGCGGUAGCAAUAACUCAUACAAUCGUUCGCAAUAUUAUCACAACCAUGGAAAUCAGUUUAAUAAUGGACCAUCAACGUCUGCUUCAGCAUUAGCUGGGGCAUCAUCGCUAUUAGAUGGACCAUCUGGAUCGGGAGGUGGUAUAUCAGGUUCUACUAACUCUUUAAAUGGUACGAAUGUCCUGAAAUCGGACAGUCCUUCAAGAAAACGAAGACGUAUUUCGGGUCGUAUGCCCAGUCAAUCACCACCUGCUAUUUGGGAGCAAAGACGUUCUCCGCGUGUAUUGUUACAACAGGGAAGCCCACCUAUACGACGACCACGCCUCAGGGACUCUAGUUCGGCUGCACAAAAUUCUAAUUAUUUCAAUAAUGGUUAUCAUCAUCCCCACCAACAGCAUAAUCAUAAUCAACAAUUACAACAGCAGCAGCAGCAACAACAACAACAGCAGCAGCAACAACAAGCACUGCAGACUAACCAUGUCAACCAACAUUAUAUACAGCAACAGCCUGUUCAACAUCGUUCCACUUGGGAAUUAACUGCUGCAGCGGCCAAUGCGAAUGCCGGUCCCUCGGUUGCUCUAAUUCAUACUCCACCACCCGCCCAUCAUCAACAAGCACAAAGUCCAGCUGGUUUGCCACCACCACCGCCACCUCUUAUGGUUGAUAUAAAUCAAGUUCCCGUUAGUUUGUCACUACGUCAUGCCGAACCCAUAUGGGCCUCGAUUUGCACGUAUCCUGCUCAACCACCACAACCUCGUCUAGCUCCUUGUCAUCUACACAGUAUAUAUACACAACCCUUCACUGCUCAAGCUGCCUGCAAUUCACACCCCCAUGCCCAGUUUGCAUCGAAUGCUACCGGCUUCACAGCAGCCACCAGUGCUCCCCUACAAGUCGCUCAAGCUCCACAACAUUUGGCUGCAGCAACGGCAGCAGCAGCCCAACAGCAGCAUCAGUCGCAACAAGCUGCCGCUUUGGUAGCAGCUGCUACAGUGGCUGCAGCUAAUUAUCAAAAUACUACCCAUUUAACACAACAACAGCGUUCGGAUGCUGCUGCAGCAGCCGUUGCUAGUUUAUCGUUAGAUUCAACUAGUGGUCAUCACCAUCACCACGCUCAGGGUGUAGCUACUGUGCCUCAAUUGCAAGCGACUCCCAUACAUUUGACUUCAAUGUCGGCUGCAGCAGCGGCCCAUCAUUCACAUUCCAUAGUAGCAGCCGCCGCUGCUGCUGCUCAGGUCUCACAGCUUUCGGCUGCACCACAACAAAUUAUUAUCUCUACAGAAAGACGUACAUUCCCUCCACAUCGCCGCAUUACACGCUUCUGGCCCGCCAAUCAUCCACAUGGUCCUCACCGGCAUGUCUUGCCACCUCAAGCUUUGGGUCCACAUCAAGCUACCCCAGUUCAAAUACAAACAACUGGCAUUAUAAAUCCAGGAUUUUUACUUAAUUUCUUGGCCAUGUUUCCCUUGUCGCCCUAUAACCAACAUGAGCUUAGCUCUACUGAUUCCAAUGAAACCGAAAACUACGAAGCUUUGCUAAGUUUAGCCGAACGUUUAGGUGAAGCUAAACCCCGUGGAUUGGCUCGUAAUGAAAUUGAACAGUUACCAAGUUAUAAAUUCAAUCCGGAAUCGCAUAAUGGCGAUCAGACAUCUUGUGUAGUUUGUAUGUGUGAUUUUGAAUUAUGCCAAAUACUACGUGUAUUACCAUGUUCUCAUGAGUUCCAUGCCAAAUGCGUUGACAAAUGGUUAAGGUCCAACCGAACUUGUCCCAUAUGCCGUGGCAAUGCCUCAGAUUAUUUUGAUAAUCCAGAACGUCAAUCACAAACAAAUCAAACAACAGCAGCAAACAACAACAAUACCACAACAAAUAAUAACAAUAAUAUAACAAUUAAUAACAACACCAAUAAUGCUAUAAGUGCUGCUACAACAACACCAACAGUCCCAACAAACAGUCAAACAACACAAGCCCAUUGAGCACUGUCGCAACAAAAACAGACAGACCGAUGUUUAAACCAACACAACGAAAUUCGGUGUAUCCUUUAAUUUUGUAAACUUUUGAUUCUGCUAUUUUUGUACAACUAACUCCAAUCUAAUAACCAUAACUAAAGUUGUGGACAAACCUCCUUCCCUUUUGCUAAUUCUGAAUUAUAAAAAAACUAGAGACGAGUAUAAAAAUAAAUGUUUAAAAAUAAUAAUGAUAAAACAUAUUUUGCCACCAAGUUUUCUAAUUAUAUUAGGAAAACCAAGUUAAUUAUUGUGCCCUUUCUUCACUAUACAAUUAGAAUUAAAAAUUAAUUAAAAAAACAAAUAAAAUUGCAUAAGAAAAAUGUGUAUUAAAUAUUUAAAAAAAAGGAAAACACAAAAUAUAUUUUUUUCUUAAUUGCUCUACUAAAUAUUUUAUUUUACUUUUCUCUAAUGUAUAUGAAAUAAUUAUUUUAAAAGAAACUGAAGUUUUUAAAGUACAUAACGCUCUGUCUUUAAUAUAAAUUUAUUAUAUAAUCCUAAUAAUAAUAAAAAAAGUGUUCAAAUUGUUCAAAAUGUCCACUUUAUAUUUAUGUAGUCCACUUACAAUACCACCAAACUAUGCAACUAUUAUAAUAAUAUUAUAGUCUUUUUUUAAUUUUUUAUUAAUUUUUGUUUGAUUUUUUUAGAUAUGCAUAUUUUUUUAUCAAAUAUCACAAAAUAAUUAUAACUAUUUUAUUAAAUUUUGUUGUGAAAGCUUUAGUUUUUAACAUUAAUAGAUUUUGCUUAAAAAAAACCAAGAACAACUUCUUGAAACAUAUAUACGAAAUAUAUUUUAUGUACUAAAUACAAUAUUAUACAAACUUACAUGCAAACAUACAUAUUAUACACUAUUUUUUAGUUUAAAUUGUGAACAUUUUAAAUAAAAUUAUAAAUUUCAGUUGAAAUUUUAAGAUUUUUGUUUUUCGUUUUUUUUUUCUGAAGAAAUUUUUGUAACCAUUUUUGUGUUUGUUAAUACUGUCAUUUUCGAAACGAUUUACUAAUCGACAGAUAUUACUGGCAUAAUAUCUACACGUAAAACAAUAAGCGGAGAUUAAGAUUUUAAACCAGAGAUCAAAGCAUACGUUUUUAAAAAGAAUGAAAUAGCUGCGCUCAAUAAAAAUCUGAAAAACCUCAGAAUAUUUUACAAGUUUUUAAGAAAUAUCAUAUCCUUAAAAUUUUAAAAUGUCCUUUUUAAAUGGCGCUGUUAUAACGGCAUUCCGUCAAAUUUGUAUUACGAAUGUAAAAAUUUAUGUAAAUACCAUCGUCGUACGUUCAUCGUAACCAUCGACUGUACAGCGUAACUGUUUUCAACAAUCUUUUAAAAAACGAUUUUGAAAUACUAUCGGAAAUACCUUAAAUUGAAAACUUGGUAUUCAGAAUCACAUUUUUAAAAGUUUUUUUUAUUUGUUUUUAAUUGAAAUGUUCACGUUUUGCAAUAUCAUAUUGCGAUCCGUAACUACGAUAACAAAUGUAACCAUGAUCGUAAUGGAAAACACACACGAUCGUAAAGUAUUAAAGCGAAGUGAAAUUAAUUAUUCUUCUUACGUAUUUUUCUCUUGUUUAAAAAUUUUGUAUCUGUCAAUUCGAUAUGAAUUACAAAGUAACCAAAUUGUACAAAGUUUUUUGUCUUGAAGAAAUGCGCUUCAAAAUCUCCAUGCAAAGUCUACAAAUAAAGUAAUUCAAUACCAUAUAAAGGAUCCGUAUUAAUCAGUUUUAGUUUUCAAACAAUCUUGCAAAUCAUUCGAUUUCUUUAAAUUCUUUAAAAAUUCUCAAAUUCAUAAUUCGUUCAUUAUUCAAUCUCGUUAAAAAAUAAUUUUUUAUCGUUUAGUUAUUUUUAGCUGUUUGGAAAUAAAAUCACAAAAUCCUUUGAAAAUUAUAUUUUAAGUGUGACUUUGUUUAAAUAAAUUAAAGAAGAUACAAAAACAAGCAAAUCCUUAAAAUAUAAGAACACUUUAACAUUUAUAAAUGGUGAUUUAUAGAGUUUCAUUUUUUGAAUUUAACGAAUAUUGAAAAAAAAUUAAAAAAAAACAAUAAAAAUUAGUAAACAUAAAAGCGAUCUAUUUCCCCCUCCCCCCUCAAAAAAAUCUAUAAUUAAAAAAAAAAACAAUUUUUUACUAAACCAAAUGGCUUUUUUAAAACAGACUUAACAGAUUAAACCUAAGUAGCAAAAGCAACCAAAAUUUAGGCCAACUACAA